AUGAGCGAAUACAUUGAUACACUUGCUUUAGACGGAGAGGAGAAAGCCCAUAGCUUACACGCACAGAUGUCAAGCGUAUCUCAAUCUGAUCCAUCCAUGAGCGAUACGUCGCAAGCCGAUGACAUUCCUCAAGAAGUAGCUUCAAGUCAAGCCACUACAAUUUAUUUAAAGGGUGCAAGACUUCACAUGAUAACAGCUGCGUUCGAAGCUCUUUUUUUUACUUCUUUAAAAGAACAAGCAAAAAGUGCUGACAGGUCUCAUAAUCUUUCUAUCUCUCUUUAUCACCAAUCUCGAAAUCCCGAUCGUCACAACCUCUCUGGUUUCGAUUACAGAUGA